UACGCAUUUACGUACUGGUGACAUCAUUUCAUCCUUUGAAAGUAUGGCUGGCCAGGGAAGGUUUUGCCCGUUUGUGUGGCCAAUUGUUCGAUCUGGAAAACAUUGACGACAACAGAGUGCACUUGACGAAUACGGCAAUACAGCUGAAAGCAAGUCAGAAUGCCGAGGGUAUCUCUCCGAUAAAAGGCGAGAAUGGGGAAUGCAACUGCAAAUGGGCAUUGAACAAGUUCAGGGAUUAUUUGACAGUUUAUUAUGAGGCGGAAAUAGUUGAAAAUUUGAUGCAACGCAUUGCGGGUAUUCACAAAUUUAUCAAAUUAAUGCUGUGUAUUAAUAACAUUGUACAAAUAACUUAAUCGCUUUAUACGAUUUAUCUUUGAGUGUGUAUGAGUGUAUGUGAGUGUGCGUAAUGUUUACAUACUAUAUCUAUGUUUAUUACAGGCGUGAUAAUGGCAAGCUUACUGGCAGUACAACCGGUCAUGAUGCAGGAUCGCAACUGUUUCGAGCUCUAUGGUUACGAUAUACUACUCAGCGAUGAUCUGCGACCUUGGCUAUUGGAAAUCAACGCAUCCCCAGCCUUAGCGGGCACCGAUAACGAGGAUCAACGUCUGAAAUCCGAUUUGGUCGAUGACGUCCUCAACGUCCUCGAUUUUGAGGGUCGCUUCAGUGGACAUGAGACCAGAAUCGGGGGGCUGGAUCUGCUCUGGGACGACGGACCAGUUUGGACCAGCUGCCCAUACCCCGGAAUUCGCACGGAUGCAGUUUCCAAUGAUAUCAGGAGACUCAACAUUUUUCUCGGAGCAAUUAAUGAUCGUCAAAAGCAGCUUUCUUCAUUAAGAAGUCAGCUAAUUGAAAAACGUAAAGCAGGUCAAAAUUACUCUCCCAUGGUGCAAUAUUGUUUAAAAUAAGUGUAAACGAAUUUUAAGAUGUCAAUAUUGAAAUUAUAUUUUAAAAAUUUAUUAA